GUCCUGGGCGCCGCGACGCUGUCCCCAGUAUCAGUGUAUCAGUGAUCGGCGACGCUAUGGGGCCGGACGGCCAAAUCGUCUCUUUGGAGUUCGAGGUCUUCGGUGAAGUUCAAGGCCGAUACUUCACUAAGUACUGCAAAGAAAAAUGUACCGACUUGGGCAUCGGCGGAUGGGUGAAAAACAGCAAAAGAGGAACUAUUGUUGGCAAACUGCAGGGCACCAAACCGAACAUUGAGGAGAUGGUGGCAUGGUUGUCCAAGACAGGCAGUCCUGGUAGUGUAAUUGAUCGUUGUGACCUAAGCAACUUUGAGUACUUAGCACGACAGGAUUUCCGGGGAUUCAGUAUUCGUUUUUAAAAAUAUUGUCUUAAGUCUGUUUUAUUGUAAUUUACUAAGUAAAUUUUGUAAAUAAAAUGUAAAUUUUUACACUUUC